ACGGGUGUAAUGGACUGCUCCCCAACGAUCUCCCUUAUUCCCUAUAUAAAGACCCGUGCUCCAUCCUUGAUCACAAUCCUCCAUAAAACCGCAACCCCAAUCUAAACAAGAACACAAUGCUCCGUACAAUCACCCGCCGUACUCCCCUCCAAUUGGCAGCCGCCCGCCGCCAGGCAAUCCGCUACAACUCCCACCGCGUCAACGACACUGGCGAGGUCUCCAAGUCCAUCCUCCAUAACGCAAAAGAUGAGAUCAAGUCCGCGUUCUCAGCAGCCACCGGGUCGCCCAAGACUCUUAACCCCUCCGGUUCCUCCUCCUCGUCUUCCUCCGGUGCGGCGGAGAAGGUGAAGGAGGGCGCCAAAGCUUUCGAGAAGGAUGGAAGUAUUGGUUCAAAGUUCGAGGCUGAUGGCGAGAUUGGAAGCAAGGCGGAUCAGGUUGGUGGACCGUUUUCUAAGGACGGUGUUAUUGGGAAGCACUUUACGAGUGAUGGGGCGAUUGGAGGGACUGGACAGAAGGCGGCUGAGACUGCCGAGAAGGCUGCUGAUGAGAAGAAGUAAGCUUGUGCUCACGAAUGUGUGAGUGAACGAAGAGUAUCUUUUGAGGUGUACGAUAUGGGAUUGCCCUUUUACUGCAUGAGGCAGGAGAGACUGUCUGAACAAUACGAAGUGAGUCGAAUAUGAUAUCGUUGCUCAA